AAUAUAAUUAAACUUAUCUUAUGUCAAAAUGAAAUUGUUUUUUAGAUUUAAAAUUCUUUGUUUAAUACUACAUAAAAAUGUAUUUAGACUUUUAUAAUCCCUCAAUAUUUGAUACUCCUUGAAAUUAAUACUAUGAAUAUUAAACAAGAAUAUGAUGAAUUAGAAAGAACAGAUGGUUGGGAGGAUUUAUUUAUGGAUAUAAAAUAUGAUUCAGAUUUUGAUUACAGUUUUCAAAUUGCUCAACUUCCACAAAAUAAAGAGAGAAAUCGCUACUCUAAUGUUAUUCCAUAUGACCAUAAUCGAAUAAGAUUAAAUCCAAUGCCAUCUCUAAAAUCCCUGUCAAAUACUAAUCAGAAUCACACCCAUAGCAAUCCUACAACCAGAUAUGGUGCUUAUAAAAAUAGCUCAUUAUCACACAAAAUCAUACGUUCUAGGUGGUUUAAAAAAAACAUAAUGAACAACUACUCAAAUACUAAUUCUAACACUAACCUCAGUAGCAAUCUAAAUAACAGGAAUAGCAACAAAAGUUCUUCCUCACAACAUCAAUCUACCUUCAAUGAUUACAUCAAUGCAAGCCUCCUCCCUAUAUAUAUUCCUUGCUAUGACAGCAACCCCAAGAAUCUCACAACAGAAGAUACCAAAGAAAGGGAAAGAAGUGGGAAAUACAAAGAAGACAAACUAGCUAAUAAAUUAGUCAAUCACAAUGACAAAGGCCAUUGCUAUUAUUACAUACUCACACAAGGACCCUUAUGCCAUACAUCACCUCAUUUUUGGCAAAUGAUUUGGCAGUACAAAGUCAGAUGUAUCAUAAUGCUGAACAAUAUUGUGGAGAGAGGAUCGAUAUAUGGCGUCAAUUAUCGGUUGAUUAAAUUCUAUGUUACAUUUAUUAUAAAGACAAAAUGCCACCCCUAUUACCCAUCUUCGGCUCAAGGUGUACCCGAAUAUAGCGAGAACGACGAAGGAAAGGUGGACUUUGCCCUUCAAUCGACCCAAAUGGAUUUUCCGGAAGUAGGAAUCAAGGUCAGUCUUCUGAAAAGAGAAGUCACGCCGGAUUUUAUAGUCACGUUACUCGAGAUGACGGAUUCGAAGUCCAACCUUAGCCGGCAAGUUUACCAUUUCCAUUACACAUCUUGGCCCGAUUUUGGGGUGCCAUCGGAACCGGGGCAAUUCCUAACAUUUCUUUCCAGGAUCAAAAGGAUAGAAGCCGAAUCGAGGGGUGGUAAAUUCUCUUCGCUACCGCCCCCCUUCAUUGGCACAGAUUACAAUACUUCGCCCAUAAAGAGCGAGCGUCCCUUAGUAGAGCCUAACCCUCUUAGAGACGAUGCGUCGAUCAAAAUGACUAUAACUCAUACCGUUCACGCUUCGUCGAAUAGCGACCCUUCCACGGCCAACGCCAUUAGGAACGACGGAAUAUCGGCUGUCAGUUCCGCCUCGCGUCAUAACGGGAACGACCAAUACGAUAAAAAUUUGGCCGAGAAUGCCCCUAUAGUCAUACAUUGCAGCGCGGGGAUAGGUAGGACCGGCACUUAUUGCCUGAUCGAUUACGUUCUCAAUUUGCUCAACUUAAACUAUCGCCACUCUCCCUACGAUCUAAAUCCCAACUUUCGCGGGAAGAAUGACUCAUCUCAAGGGGCUAUCGGUUCCACUACUCAUUCCCCGACUAAAAUAGACAUUCCUGCUAUCCUAGUUGAGAUGAGGCGAUACCGUGCCGGGUUAGUUCAAACAGCUGAUCAAUUACGCUUCGCCUAUGCCGUUAUUUUGAAAGCCAUCUCGGAUACUCUUCCAAAUAAUUCGCCCAAUUCUGUCGAUCAUUCACUCUACAGUUCCGACUCUUCAGACAGAGCUGAUACCAAUUUUUCCCACCGAAGUAGUGGCAUAAAUUGUGAUUCGUACGGAGGGGAAAUGGGAUUCGAAAAUAGUUACCGACUUCCAGGUUCCGUCAUCAACGAUAUCCAUAAAAAUGAUGGAUCACAUGAGAGAGCCCUUAAUCAAGACGUCAAUCAAUCACACGCAAUUUCAUGUGGCCGCCCCCAUGACGCGAACGCCGAUAUUCGCAUGAGCUUUGGUUAUCGAGACGAAAACGAAACUACCAAAUCACCUAAAAAUAGUAACAAACCCGAUGACACGUUGAUGACCUCCAUAUCGAACGCAGACGAUAAUGCCAAUUCCGAUUAUAACCCUUUAUCCCACAUGGAAACUGCUUUGUGAAU